AUGCACCCAAUUGCAUAUUGGAGUAAGAAAACGUCUGAACGUGAAGAGAAACAACAUAGCUACAUUUUAGAAGUUAAAGCCACUUAUCUUGCGACGAAAAAAUUUCGACAUUAUUUAUUGGGUAUUCCGUUUAAAUUAGUAACCGAUUGCGGAGCAUUUAAACAAACCGUCAAUAAAACAGAUAUACCACGCGACGUUGCGAACUGGAUCAUGCACAUGCAAAAUUACACUUAUGAAAUUGAGCACAGAAGCAGCAGUAGCUUGCGGCACGUGGAUUGUUUAAGCCGCUAUCCACAAGUUUUGUCAGUGUCAUCAGAGAUUUCAGCUCGACUAAGUGCUCAAUAUCGCGAUGAACACUUUAAAGCUAUUUUUGAAAUACUAAAAGCAAGAUCUUUGGAAUUAGAAGUAAUUCGUAAUGCACACGAGGUAGGACAUUUUGCAACUCAGAAAACGAUGCACACCAUACAGCAGUAUUAUUGGAUACCACAUAUCGAGGCGAAAGUUAAUCAAUUUAUAAAAAACUGUCUAAGCUGCAUCAUACACAACAAGAAAUUAGGCAAGAAAGAAGGUUUUCUACACUGUAUUGAAAAAGGUGAUUUACCACUACAAACGCUGCAUGUCGACCAUCUCGGGCCAAUGGAUGCAACAUCUAAACAAUACAAAUAUAUCUUCGCCGUCGUGGAUGCAUUUUCAAAGUUUGUUUGGCUAUAUGCCACAAAAUCAAUGGGGUACGAAGAAGUUUUGCGACAUUUGACUAAAUGGUCGGAUGUUUUUGGUUCACCAGCAAGAAUUAUCAGUGACCGAGGUGCUGCGUUUACAUCGAAUGCAUUUAUUGAAUUUGUAAAUACUAACGGUAUCGAACAUAUACUGACAACUACUGGAGUUCCACGAGGUAACGGGCAAAUAGAACGGGUUAACCGAACAAUUUCAGCCGUAAUAUCUAAAUUAUCAUCAGCUGAACCCAAAGAAUGGUAUAAGUACGUUUCUAACGUGCAAAAAGCUAUCAAUUCUUCUAUUCAUAGCUCCACAAAGUCGACACCCUUUGUAUUAAUGUUUGAGGUACGUAUGAGAAAUGGUAUUGAUGACCAAGUUUUAGAAGCUCUUCAGGCUGAAAUGUUGCACGAUUUUGAAACGGAACGACAACGAGUACGAGAAAAGGCGAGAGAAGAGAUACUAAGGGCUCAAGAACAUUACAAAUACAACUACAAUAAGAAACGAAAGGCAGAUACAAAUUACAAAGUUGGUGAUUGGGUAGCCAUAAAGCGUAUACAGUUCGUGGCUGGUCGAAAAAUAGCAAGUGAAUUUCUAGGACCGUAUGAAGUCACCAAUGUAAAGGGUAAUGGUCGGUACGAAGUACGCAAAACAGCUGACGUGGAGGGACCCAAUAUUUCAAAUACGAGUUCAGAUAAUAUGAAGUUAUGGAGAUAA